AUGCAUUUCUCUCACGCUCUUAUCACUAUAGUAGCUAGCACCUGCGUAGUUAGCGCCUAUCCUGGUCUUCACGAAAACACUGUCGUCGCCGUUGAGGGCCGUGGCAUAGACGAUACAGCCACGGGACCACGCUAUAGCCCUCUCGUCGUGAACGGCGACGAACUACACACGUCCAAAGACAUUGAAACAGGAAAAGUCGUAUGCACCACGAAUCUCCACGAUGUUGACAAGGGCGGGAAUCUACAGAGUGCCAAAGACCAACAAAUCCAAUGGGUCGAGCAAGGAAGAGGUAGCACCGAAAUAGAGUUUAAUAUUGGGAGGACUACUAUGGAAGUAGGACAGGCUGGAGAUUUGAUUAGUUAUGUCACAAACAGGGGUGGCAAGCAAACUGCCCAUGUGGAUGAUAUUAGGUGGAUGCAUUUUUAUAUUGACAGAGACUGUACUUCAAAGGGCCAGGUGGGCUAUUACUGGGUACCCAAGUGGAAGGUUUGGUACGGCUGGGGCUACUUAGAACGACAACCAUUCUUUGGGGUUCCUGCUAAUCAUUUUUAG